CCACCGGUCGGUGACCUCCGCUUCCGAAGACCAGUGCCGGCGAAGAAGUGGUUCAAUACAUUGAACGCAAAGAAUUGGCCCAACGAUUGCUAUCAAUCAAACUUAACCCUAAUGUCAAUACAAGACACUGUCCAUCAAAGCGAAGAUUGUCUGUAUCUCAAUAUAUUUGCACCAAGAUCAAAAUUUCUAACUAGAAAAUCACUGCUACCGGUGAUGGUAUGGAUACACGGCUUUAUUAUGGACUCCUACAGUGAUUUCAAUCCAAUUGUUUUGUCCAUCAGAGGAGAAGUAAUUGUUGUUACCAUUAAUUAUAGAUUGGGAUCUUUGGGACUGUUAUACUCGGGAACAGAUGACGCGCCCGGGAAUACACUUCUAUGGGACCAGAUAUUAGCCCUUCAAUGGGUUCAGACAAAUAUUAUCCGAUUUGGUGGCGAUUCCGAUAGAGUGACUAUAUUUGGUGUGGGAGUCGGCAGUGUCUCCGUCGGCGCUCACAUCCUAUCACCCGUCAGUCGAGGUUUGUUUCAAAACGCUGUAAUGAUGUCCGGAUCGGCGCUCACACACAGAGCUGUAGAUACACCCGAAGUUGUCCGCAAUUAUUGGUUAAAUGAGUCAAUACGGAUCGGUUGCGGGUCUAAGAAUGAUUACAGAUUUACGCCACAAAUAAUGAAUUGCCUGCGAAGAGCACCGGCAGAGAGAUUGUUAUCAAUGUCUAUAGUAGUGGGCAAUAAAAUUGGUCCACUGUUUGUCAUCGAUGGUACAAUAAUUACCAAAAGUCCGACACAGAUGUUAAAACCAAGAAAUUUUAAGAUAAACAUAACAAAAACUAGUAACCCUGGUACAAUAGACGGCGCCCAAUGGCGGCAAUACUAUUCAAUGGGAGCCAAUAUAAUAGCGCCGUAUUAUGAGUACACAAAUGAACCGAAAUCUGUCACUAAUUUCAACAUUGGAUUAAAGAUCGAUGAAUGCGAUUAUCUGUGGAAUCAAUACAACCAUUGA